AUGUCAAAUAAGUCAAUGUCAAAAACAACCUGCGUCAAGCGUUGAAUCGAUAUUUUGGAUUUUUGGAAUAAUUUCCUUUUAUAAGGUUUUAAAUGUGUGAUUAGAGUAAUUUCAAAUAACCACGCAAAUAUAACUUUCGAUGGAGCCGCCUGGUACAGGAUCUUCUAGCAAUGGAUCAUUGGCACCACCCGGUGUGCCAAAUUUUCCGCCAAUGCCACCGCCGCCAGGAUCAAUGGGACAAGGUAACAUCCCGCCUCCACCAAUGGGCCCUCCAGGAGCAGUGCCUCCUGUAAGUUCAUCAAAUGGUUCGACAAAUAUGCCUCCAGGGAUGGGUCCUCCGCCUAGUAUGAUGGGCAUGGGGCCACCCGGCUUGCCCCCGCCGCCACCUGGUAUGGGACCUCCGGGUAUGGGUAUGGGGCCUCCUAUGGGACCACCUGGAAUGGGUCCUCCUAGAAUGCCCCCAACUAUGAUGCGAGCAGGACCGAAUAUGAAAGGCAUGAAUAUGGACAUGGGGCCGCCUGGGAUGGGGCCUCCCCCAAAUAUGGGACCUCCAGGUGUAGGGCAUGGUACCUGGGAUGGGCCAGUACCACCUCCAGGUUGGGGAAGACAGAACCAAUCUGAUGGGCCUCCAGGAUGGGAUGAUCAACAGGAUGAUGGUGAUGAAGACGAUGUUGAGGAUGAUGAUGAUGAAUCUUUGAUUGAGCAAGGCCUUUCACAACCUUUGCCUUCAUUAUUGACAAUGAAAAUAGAUACUCCUGAAGAAUUUAGAAGCAAGCCAAAUGCUCCUGGUGGAGUUGUGUUGCCUAAGGCCUUAGAAGAGGUACUUGCUUAUAAAGAUCAGAGACAAGCAGCAUUGGGUGAUGAAGAGAAUGCAGAGCUUGAAAAAGAGGAUAUACCUGAAGCUCCUCCAGCACCGGUGAUCAGCACAGAAUAUGAUGUGGAGGAGGAGGAAGGGGAUUCUGAUGAUGAUAAUGUACCUGAGGCACCUCUACCACCUAUCAUUUCAAAGCAAGAGAGUCAACCUAACAAAUCUAACAAGAAUAAACGCAAAAAGAAAAAGAAGAAGGCUGCCAGACAGAAGAGAAAUGAAACUAAGAAAGUUGACGAAGAACAAAAGAAUGAAAAACAAGAUGCCAAAAGUUCUAGUGACAAGGAAAAUGAAAAGGCAGUUGAAAUUGAAUAUGUCCAAGAAAAUAUACAGUUUCAUGAGCUGGAACCGAUGUACCGUCAAUUCCAUCGUAUUCUAGAAUCUUUUAAGAUCACAGAGAUAAAGGAGGAAAUCAAAGAGGAGUUUGACAGGGAUACACCUAAAUCUAGUUCAAAGCCUCUGGAAAAGGUGCAAGAUCAGUUUGCAGCUGAUGAUGAGGCUGUGGAGAAGCAUGCAGCGGAUGAAAAAGAGCGUUUAUCAAAACGUAAGCUAAAAAAGCUAUCUCGCCUCUCAGUGGCAGAGCUAAAACAACUAGUGUCACGUCCUGACGUUGUUGAGAUGUAUGAUGUAACUGCAAGAGAUCCAAAGCUGUUAGUACAACUUAAAGCUCAUCGGAAUACAGUUCAGGUGCCAAGACAUUGGUGUUACAAGCGCAAGUAUCUGCAAGGAAAGAGAGGUAUAGAAAAACCUCCUUUCGACUUACCUGAUUUUAUAAAAAAGACUGGCAUUAUGGAGAUGAGAGCCUCUUUACAAGAUAAGGAAGAAACGAAGACGUUGAAGGCAAAAAUGCGGGAACGCACUCGUCCUAAACUUGGAAAGAUUGAUAUUGACUAUCAGAAAUUACAUGAUGCUUUCUUCAAAUGGCAGACCAAGCCUCGAAUGACUAUCCAUGGUGAUUUAUACUAUGAGGGUAAAGAGUUUGAGACGAGACUUCGCGAGAAGAAGCCUGGCGAUUUAUCUGAGGAGCUGCGGACUGCGCUGGGCAUGCCAGUCGGACCUGGCUCACAGAAAGUACCUCCGCCGUGGCUGAUCGCUCAGCAGCGUUACGGUCCGCCCCCAUCUUACCCCAACCUGAAGAUCCCAGGUCUGAAUGCUCCCAUCCCUGAGGGCUGCGCGUUCGGGUACCACGCGGGCGGGUGGGGCAAACCGCCCGUCGAUGAGGCGGGCAAACCUCUCUACGGUGAUGUGUUCGGUCAUCAGAGCAGCGGACAAGAUGACAAUGAAGAUCAGGACAUUGACCGCACCAUGUGGGGUGAACUGGAAUCCGAAUCCGAAGAGGAAUCUGAAGAGGAAGAGUCAGGUUCGGAUGAGGAGGGUGGAGGCGCUGCGAGCGCGGGCACGGCGACACCCGGCGAAGGCCUGGCCACGCCUCUCGGCAUCAGCUCCGUGCCGCCCGGAGUUGAGACCCCAGACACCAUCGAACUGCGCAAGAAGAAACUCGACAGCGACAUCGAAGGGGGAGACACGCCGGCGCUAUACCAGGUACUGCCAGAGCGACGCGUGGGGCUGACAGCCGGCAUGAUGGCUUCCACACACGUCUACGAUAUCAACGCGGCCAACCCAGGCAAGCGCGGUACGGGCGGGGGUGCGGUCGCGGCGGCAUCAGGCGGAGGCACGGCGGAGGGCGUAGUGGAAGUGGCGCUGGACCCCUCCGAGUUGGAGCUGGAGCCCGAGGCGGUGGCCGCGCGUUACGAGCGUCAUCUACGCGAGCAACGUCCCCGACACAAGGAGGACCUCUCCGACAUGCUUGCCGACCACGUUGCCAGGCAGAAGAACAAGAGGAAACGUCAACAGAAUACGGAUUCAAAGCAAGCGAAGAAAUACAAGGAGUUCAAAUUUUAAAUAUCAUUCUUGUUUCUUUAGAAUUACAAGUUUCGUGCUAAGAGUAA